AUGACAAUAGAGGAAGGGAUUGUGUUUCUCACCAAGAUUGUGGGAGAGGGCUCGCUUUGCAACCGAGAAUCUACUAUACAAUUACUAGAGGAACUUGACUUCCUACCUCUAGCCAUUACGCAGGCGGCUUACUAUAUCUCUCGACAAGAUAGCACGAUCACACGGUACCUCGAGCUUAUGCAUAAAACCGAAAAGGACCGGGUUCGUCUAGCGAGCUGGAACUUCCGCGAUAGCACUCGCUACCGUCAAAUGCGAAAUGCUGUGACUACCACAUGGUUUAUCUCAUUCAACCAGAUCAAGAGCUCAGAUCCUUCGGCUGCCGAUUUGUUAGGAUUUCUAGCUUACCUGGAGCCAAAGGCGAUCCCGCGAUCUCUUCUUCCUGCUCUUGAUUCGGAAGAAGAGAUAGAGUUCGCAAUUGGCACACUGUGUUGCUAUGGGUUCUUAACUAGAAGGGAAACUGGGGAUAUGUUUGAUAUGCAUAGCCUUGUGCAGCUAUCAACACGAGCAUGGAUUACAGAGUCACGGAAGACAGAACAGACCAUUACGACUGUCAUACAACAUAUGAAUGAGACUUUCCCAUCAAGUCAAUAUACGAAUCGUGCGAUAUGGAGAGAGUACCUACCACAUGCUGUUGGAAUUCUUCAAAGAGACGAAGUUAAAGAUUUGAGUGAGAGGUAUAUCCUACUUUCAAAGGUUGGAAAUUGCGUUCUAGCAGACGGCCGAGCGAAAGAAGCUGUGUCGCUUUUUCAGGAUGUGGUCGCGGUACGCAACAGAACCCUUCAUGAAGGACAUCCCUCCCGACUGGCGUCUCAGCACGAACUCGCACGAGCAUAUGAAUCCAACGGGCAAAUCAAGCAGGCCGUGGAGCUACUUGAGCAUGUGGUCACAGUGCAUGAGAGAACACUUGAUGAAGAACACCCCAAUCGACUGGCGUCUCAACACAUACUCGCACGGGCGUAUGAAUCCAACGGGCAAAUCAAGCAGGCCGUGGAGCUACUUGAGCAUGUGGUUACGGUAGAAGGAAGAACACUUGAUGAAGAACAUCCCGAUCGACUGGCAUCUCAGCACGAACUCGCACGAGCGUAUCAAUCCAACAGGAAAAUCGAGCGGGCCGUGGAGCUACUUGAGCAUGUGGUCACCGUGGGUGAGAGAACACUUGAUGAAGAACAUCCCGAUCGACUGGCGUCUCAACACACACUCGCAUGGGCAUAUAAAUCCAACGGGAAAAUCAAGCAGGCCGUGGAGCUACUUGAGCAUGUGGUCACAGUGCGUGAGAGAACACUUGAUGAAGAACAUCCCGAUCGACUGGCAUCUCAGCACGAGCUCGCAGGGGCAUAUAAAUCCAACGGGCAGACCAAGCAGGCCGUGGAGCUACUUGAGCAUGUGGUCACAGUGCAUGAGAGAACACUUGAUGAAGAACAUCCCGAUCGACUGGCAUCUCAGCACGAGCUCGCAGGGGCAUAUAAAUCCAACGGGCAGACCAAGCAGGCCGUGGAGCUACUUAAGCAUGUGGUUACGGUAGAAGGAAGAACACUUGAUGAAGAACAUCCCGAUCGACUGGCGUCUCAGAAAGCACUUGAAGACAUGAAGCAGUCAAUGGCGGUUGAGGUUAUAGAGAACAUGUACCAAUGCAUUCACCUUGACAUGGGUACUUGA